AUGAGUGGCAGGUGGGGCCGCCGAGGACACCGGCCACUCCGCCGGGAGGCCAGGACACACGUGAAGGAGCCCGCGAGCACGGGGCAGGCCGCCAACACGCUGCAGGAGCGGCGGACAGGCUUCGCUCCGGGUCUGUGGACGCCAGAAGCCCUGGGCACAGGACACGUGAAGGAGACCAAGCCCCAACGAAUCGUCCCGUCGCUCGAACGCAGGGAGAAAAGGAAAUUCCGCACAGAAGCCAGGGCGGGGACGGGUUGUCUGAGGAUGAACACGCACGACACAGCGGCCGACGAUUUUGCCAGAAACCACGCAACGCUGGAGGGAGCAGAGGACGUGAGGACGCAGAGUGGCACGGCCGCUCUGCGGGGACAGUUUGCCGGGUCCCGAAAAAGUCAGCCGGACACCAGCCAUACACUCCAGUCGCACCACGCCCGGGCAGCUUCCCCAGAGAAAGGGGAGCCCACGCUCGCGGCGAUCCGAUCCCCACCAGCAGCCAGGGCCCUCUCGGCCCCUCCUGCACCUCGUGCCCCGUCGGAAACUCUGCAAGCGUCAGGCUCCGGGGGAGACCCCACGGGCCACCACCACCUGGCCACCUGCUCCCAGGGUCCCACGGACGGCGGCCUGGGUCUCCCCACCCUGCAAACGCCCCUCACCGGCCACCCGAGUGGCCAGGCCCACUCGGAAGACAGAGACAGCCCAGAUAACGCCCAGCCCGGCUUGUGCGGGCACCCAGGGGCUGGGCCUGACCCUCAGGGGGAGUCGCAGGAGGGGCUGGGCCAGGCCCCCAGCCCCUCGGUCCUGCCCCUGACGCCAGGGGUCCAGAAUGUCCGCUCUGCACCCGGCAGUGGGAUGCCACGCGGGCCGCACGCGCCAGCGCAGGCAGUCCUCUCAGCCUCCCCGACGGCUCCGACGGGGAUUAGUGGGGCCAAGCCUCAGGGUGUGAAGGCCUACCGGCCCUUCCCCAAGGAGGUCACGCCUGACAGGCGGGGCCCAGAGGGGUGGGCCGACCCGUGUGCACUCUGGUGCCUCUGUACACGGGAGUCCAGCAAACCCAGGGUCUUGGGGGCUUCCCGCCUGGGACGAGCCCAGUCAGGAGCUUUCUGGAAGCACCUGCCAGCAGUAAAGGCCAACGUCCUCAUGCAGGCUCUCGGUCCCAAGCGAAGGGGAAGGCGGACGGUGCCAUCACUGACCACCAUCCCCAUCCACACAGGUCUAAAUGAAACCUCCUCUGUGCACCCAGGCCUCUGGAGGCUGCAGGACUCCCCACCCGCAGCUCCAGACAAGGGUCAGUGCUCCACAUGGGGGGCCGGCCACUUCUCCACUUUCGACGGCCAUGUGUAUGACUUCCCGGGAACCUGCAACUACAUCUUUGCAGCCAUCUGCAAGGACGCACCAUCCACCUUCAGUGUCCAGCUACGGCGCGGGCCCAGCGGGAACAUCUCCCGGGUCAUUGUGGAGCUGGGGGCCUCGGUGGUCACCGUGCAGAAGGCAGUCAUCUCCGUGAAGGAUGUGGGGGUCGUCAGCCUACCCUACACCAGCAACGGGCUCCAGAUCACACCCUUUGGCCAGAGCGUGCAGCUGGUGGCCAAGCAGCUAGAGCUGGAGCUGGUGGUCAUGUGGGGCCCGGGCAGUCACCUCCUGGUGCUGGUGGAGAAACGGCACAUGGGCAAGCUGUGUGGUCUCUGUGGGGACUUCAAUGGCAAGCAGACCGACGAGUUCCUGAGCGAGGAAGGCAAACUGCUGGAACCGCACACGUACGCUGCCCUCCAGACACUGGAUGACCCCAGCGAGAUCUGCACCUACGUGCCCGUCACCAGCCCCCAGGUCCCACAGGCAGAGCACGCCCAGACUUGCACUGAGCUGCUGACCCAGGUGGCCCCCGAGUGCAACGUGCCCAGAGAGCCAUUCGUGCUGAGCUGCCAGGCGGACAUGGCCGAGUGCGUCCUGCCAGGCCAGCGGAACUGCAGCUGCGCCACGCUGUCCGAGUACUCGCGCCAGUGCCGCAUGGCGGGCCAGGCUGUCAGAAAGUGGCGGGGCCCUGGCCUCUGCUCUGUGGGCCCAUGCCCGGCCAACCAGGUGUACCAGGAAUGCGGCGAGGCCUGCAUCAAGACCUGCUCCAACCCACAGCACACCUGUUCCAGCUUCUGCACCUUUGGCUGCUUCUGUCCCGAAGGGAUGGUUCUUGAUGACGUCUCCAAAAACCACACCUGUAUGCCCGUCACCCGGUGCCCCUGUAUGCUCAACGGGGUGGUCUAUGCCCCUGGGGAGGUCGUGACAGCCGCCUGCCAGACCUGCCACUGCACCAUGGGCCACUGGACGUGCACAGAGCAGCCCUGCCCCCGGCGCUGCUCCCUAGAAGGCAGCUCCUUUGUGACCACGUUCGACGCCCGGCCCUACCGCUUCCACGGCACCUGCACCUACAUCCUCCUCCAGAGCCCGCAGCUCCCCGAUGGGGGCUCCCUCGUGGCCUCGUACGACAAGUCUGGGUACUCUCACUCGGAGACGGCCCUAGCUGCUGUCAUCUACAUAUCCAGAGAGGACAAAAUCGUGAUUUCUCGGGACGAGGUCCUCACCAACAACAGGAACACCAAGUGGCUACCAUACAAGACUCGCAACAUCACCGUCUUCAGGCAGACGUCCACCCACCUCCAGAUGACCACCACCUUUGGCCUGGAGCUUGUGAUCCAGCUAGAGCCCGUGUUCCAGGUGUAUGUCACUGUCGGGCCCCAGUUCAGAGGACAGACCAGAGGUCUCUGUGGCACCUUCAAUGGGGACACGACAGAUGACUUCAUGGCCAGCACGGGCAUCGUGGAGGGCACCGCCUCGCUCUUCGUGGACUCCUGGCGGACAGGGAACUGCCCGGCCUCGUUGGAGCGCGAGACAGACCCCUGCUCCAUGAGCCAGCUCAACAAGGUGUGUGCAGAGACCCAUUGCUCAGUGCUGGUGAGGGACAGCACAGUGUUCCAGAGGUGCCACGCCACGGUGAACCCCAGGCCCUUCUACAAGAGGUGCGUGUACCAGGCCUGCAACUAUGAGGAGACCCUCCCACACGUGUGCGCCGCCCUGAGUGACUAUGCCCGCAUGUGUGCCACACACGGCAUCCUGCUGAGGGACUGGAGGAGCAGUGUGGACAAUUGCACCACCCCCUGCACGGGCAACCAGACAUUCGGCUAUGACAUCCGGGCCUGCGGCCGCACGUGCCUAUCAUUGUCUGACCGCGCCACCGAGUGCCAUCUGAGUGCCGUGCCCGUGGACGGCUGCAACUGCCCCGAGGGCACCUACCUCAACCACAAGGCCCAGUGCGUGCGUAAGGCCCAGUGCCCCUGCCUCCUGGACAGCAACAAGUACAUCCUGGCUGACCAGUCCGCCAUGGUCAACGGCGUCAUCUGCUACUGCAUCAACGGCAGGCUGAGCUGCCCGGGGCGCCCACAGAUGCUCCUGGCAACCUGCUCAGCCCCCAAGACCUUCCAGGCCUGUGGCGAGUCUUCAGAGAACACAUUUGGGGCAGCCUGUGCCCCUACAUGUCAGAUGCUGGCCACCGGCACCCCUUGCGUACCCACCAAGUGCGAGCCUGGCUGUGUCUGCGCCAAGGGGCUCUACGAGAACGCUGCCGGGCAGUGCGUACCCCCCGAGGAAUGUCCAUGCGAGUUUGCGGGGGUCUCCUACCCCCGGGGCGCCGAGCUCCACACCGACUGUAAGACAUGCACCUGCUCCAGAGGGAAAUGGGCGUGCUGGCAGAGUGCCCGCUGCUCAUCCACCUGCACCCUCUACGGGGAGGGCCACGUGGUCACCUUCGAUGGUCAGCGCUUCACGUUCGACGGCAGCUGUGGGUACAUCCUGACCACGGAUGGCUGCGGAGCCAACAACUCGCAGCCCACCUUCAAGGUCCUGACGGAGAACGUUGUGUGUGGGAAGUCGGGCGUCACCUGCUCCCGGGCCAUCAAGAUCUUCCUGGGGGGCCUGUCCAUCGUGCUGGCGGACAGGAACUACACGGUCCGCGGGGAGGACCCCCAUGUGCGUCUGCGGGUCAACACCGGGUCCCUGAACCUGGUGCUGGACAUCGCCAUCGGCAACAGGUACAACAUGACCCUCGUCUGGAACAAGCACAUGACUGUCUUCAUCAGGAUUACGCGUACCACCCAGGAUGCGCUGUGUGGCUUGUGUGGCAACUACAAUGGGAACAUGAAGGACGACUUUGAGACACGCAGCAACUACGUGGCAUCCAGUGAGCUAGAAUUUGUGAACUCGUGGAAGGACAGCCCGCUGUGCGGGGACACCAGCCUCGCACUGGACCCCUGCAGCCUCAACACAUUCCGCCGCAGCUGGGCAGAGCGCAAGUGCAGCAUCAUCAACAGCCCCACCUUCACCGCCUGCCACAGCCAGGUGUACCGCCUGCCCUACUACGAGGCCUGUGUGCAAGACACGUGUGGCUGUGACACUGGCGGGGACUGUGAGUGCCUGUGUGAUGCGGUGGCCGCCUAUGCCAAGGCCUGCCUGGACAAGGGCGUGUGCGUGGACUGGAGGACCCCGGACUUCUGCCCUGUCUACUGUGACUUCUACAAUACCCACGCUCAGGGGGACGGCACACACCAAUAUGGCCAGGAGGCCAACUGCAGGUGGCACUACCAGCCGUGCCUCUGCCCCAAGCACCCGCAGAGCUUCCCAGACACCAACACCGAAGGCUGCUACAACUGCUCCCAGCACGAGUAUUUCGACCCCAGCACGGGGACCUGCGUUCCUUGCGUGUCACCGCCCACCACGCCGAGGCCCACCACAGCUAUUUCCACCACGGCCCCUACGACAGGUCCCCCCACGGGGACUGCCGUCCGGAUGACCACUGCCUUGCCCACCCCACCACGCCCCGACACCACCCUCUCCACGAACGCUGCCCCCUCUACCACGUCCUCGCCACCUCCCACGGGAACUCUGACCUCCAUGACACACACCGCCAUGGCCACGGCCACCAGCAGCGAGCGACAGACGCCGCUCACCUCUCACUCUGCGUCCACGCCACCUGUCUCCAUCACCGCCCAUACGACAGGUCCCCCUACGGGGACUUCCUUCCGGACUACCACUGCCUUGCCCACCCCAUCGCACCCCGACACCACCCUCUCCACGCACGUUGCCCCCUCCACCACGUCCUCCGUGACUCCAACUACCCACAGCUUCAUCACCCCAACACACCCAGAGACCCCUUCCUCCCCCUCCACUUCCAGGCACAUGACCCCACCACUCACUCGGACCACGCACACCCCUAGCUCACUCAGCACAACCAAAACUUCCACCUCCAAGGAACCUUACUCUUCUGUACCCAUCCACCACGAAACCUCAACCACUCCCAAAUCCUCUGUCUCCCAACAGCCACCUCCCACGGGAACUCAGACCUCCGUGACGCACACCACCACGGCCACCAUCAGCGAGCGUCAGACGCCGCUCACCUCUCGCUCCACGCCCACGGCACCUGUCUCCACCACCGCCCAUAUGACAGGUCCCCCCACGGGGACUUCCUCCCGGACAACCACUGUCCUGCCCACCCCAUCGCCAUUCGACACCACCCUCUCCACGCACGUUGCCUCCUCUACCACAUCUUCCGCGACUCCCACUACCCACCGCGUCAUCAACCCAACACACCUAGAGACCCCUUCCUCCCCCUCCACUGUCAAGCCCAUGACCCCGCCACUCACUCGGACCACGCACAUCCCCAAUUCCCUCAGGACAACCAAAACCUCCACCUCCACAGAAUCUUACCCUUCUGUACCCAUCCACCACGAAACCUCAACCACUCCCAAAUCCUCUGUCUCCCACCAGCCACCUCCCACGGGGACCCUGACCUCCAUGACACACACCACCACAGCCACGGCCACGGCCACCAACAGCGAGCAACAGACGCCGCUCACCUCUCGCUCUGCGCCCACGCCACGUCUCUCCACCACGGCCCAUACGACAGUUCCCCCUAUGAUGACUUCCUUCCGGACUACCACUGCCGUGCCCACCCCAUCGCCACUUGACACCACCCUCUCCAUGCACGUUGCCCCCUCUACCACAUCCUCCGUGACUCCCACUACCCACCGCGUCAUCACCCCAACACACCCAGAGACCCCUUCCUCCCCCUCCACUGCCAAGGCCACGACCCCGCCACUCACUCGGACCACGCACACCCCUAGCUCGCUCAGCACAACCAAAACCUCCACCUCCAAGGAAUCUUACUCUUCUGUACCCAUCCACCACGAAAUCUCAACCACUCCCAAAUCCUCUGUCUCCCCACAGCCACCUCCCACGGGAACUCUGACCUCCAUGACACACACCGCCACAGCCACGGCCACCAGCAGCGAGCGACAGACGCCGCUCACCUCUCACUCUGUGCCCACGCCACCUGUCUCCACCACCGCCCAUACGACAGUUCCCCCCACGGGGACACCCUUCCGGACUACCACCACCUUGCCCACUCCAUCGCGCCCAGACACCACCCUCUCCACGCAUGUUGUCCCCUCUACCACGUCCUCCGUGACUCCCAGUACCCGUGUCAUCACCCCAACACACCCGGAGACCCCUCUUUCCCCCUCCACUGCCAGGCACACGGGCCUCUUCUCUCCGCCUCCACAGGUCACAAGCUCAAGUUCUGGCAUUCACACCCUGACCUCCCUUGGCUUCCCAAGCACCUCCACCUCCACCUUGUCCUCAGCCUCUUCUCUGCCCACCCACAACUUUCCUCCCUCUAAUUUGCCCACCAAGCCUCCUCUUCCUGGGACUCCUGUCUCCCUGGCCAGCACCAGCAUUCUUCCUUCUUUGCCCAGGACCACACCCAGCACUCCCGUGUCCCACACUCUCUCUUCCCACUCUACCCCCUCACAGUCUACGACUCUCACCACCCGAAACCCUACAUCCAGUCUCUUUUCCUCCACUGUGGGGGUGACAGCCAUUCUGACUUCUCCAGUUACUAACCUCACCACUGGACAAUCUAUUACCACUGGAGUGUCAACCACCAUGAUCCUGGCCAGCUCGACCUCUGUCCAUGGAAGCUCAUCCCUUCAUGCCACAGGGUCCUUGUCUACUGGGGCACCAUCCGUCUCCUCUCUGGUGACACCUUCGUCCAGCUCUCCAGGGGUCUGCGACGUGAAGGAGCUUGAGGAGGAGGUCACAUACCGAGGGUGCACUGCCAAUGUGACAGUAACCCACUGUGAGGGCUUCUGUGCCUCCUCGGCCAGCCUCAACAUCCACACGAAUCAGGUGGACACCCACUGCAGCUGCUGCCACCCCCUCGGCUCCUACCAGAAGCAGUUUGUGCUGCCCUGCUCAGACCCCGAAGCGCAGGGCCAGCAGCUGGUGCUCACGCUACAGAUGUUCAGCAGCUGUGCAUGCAGCCCACAGCGCUGUGGGGACUAG